ACACUUUGUCCAUUGUCCUCGACCCUCUCUCCAACGCACUCGCUCCCUUGCUUGCCACCAAUCGACCACUGCAGCUGCUCAAAGAAGGUCGAGCUCGUUACCAGCUCGCUACUCAGCUCGCUAUUCAAGCCUGUUCCCAUCCUUUCCCCCCCCAACCUCCGCCCUCUCUGCGAAUGCAGCGGUAGCCACACGCCACUUUACGCAACACGCUCGUCUGCACCGCCUGGCCAUACCUUGGCCGCAGAGCGUAAGCGUCAGUAGGGGUAGCUCAUCCGACACGCUCUCAAGCGUGCUCAACGGUCAGCAGAAGGCUACCGAGGUCAGCAUAUAGCGCAUCCGAAUAGCCACAGCCUCCACAGCUGCUCGUCAGGGAUAAAUAGCUCCUCGGGCCGGCAUAGCAUAGGAGGUAUCACACAGUCUCCUAGCUGAGCCGCGUUCAAUCUGGACAUUGUCUGUCAGCAAGACACUUGGACAUCUGAAGAGCGCAGAAUGACAUCCUCGGACGCCUCGUCGGGCUCUGCGGUGAGAGAAGCUUCCAGUCCUAAGAGCGGGCUGCCCUCUCCCCCUUCGGCUGCAACCCUAGCUACAGCAGCCAGUGCCACAUCUCCACGGCCCCUCAAGCCAGCUGCUCGCAGGGCCUCCGUCGAUGCUCCGUAUCAUCAGGGCAGUAGAAGUGGACCUACGCCUUUAGUGCUCUCAGGAACCCCGUCGUCGCACAGCUUCCUUCAGGCAGCAUCCUCUUCAUCCCUGAAUCCUCCAAGCUCCUCGAGCUCCUCACCUACUCCCUCGGCCGGGCUUCCCAAUCUACCCCUCGCUUCAUCUCUACUUCCUUGGCAUCAUCAUCAGCAUCAGAGCAAGUACGGCGCACCCCCGUCUUCCUCGCCGGCGUCACUGGCGUCUUCACCCUUCGAGGUGGCGCAGCAGCAAGGAGGGGCCCUGCCAGGAGGAUCAGCAGCCCUGUACCCGGGAAGAGCGGCCUCAUUGCCUGGCAGUCUGCAUCAUCACCAGAGCCAGAGUGGCGGCAGACAUCAGCAGGUGCCCUCUCAUCAGCACCAGCAAUCGUUGCGGUCACCUCACUCGAGUGUCUAUAGCGGUGGUGGUGGAGGCAGCAGCGCCAGCAGCGCCGCAGGUGGCGCUUCCCUUUCGAUGGGAGCAGGCUACAGUCCUCAGACUCAACAGGCUCUGCAUUCGCCACUGAUGAGAGCAAAUCCUCAGGUUCGGAUGGCCAAUGGGGCAAAUGGUACGCUGCCAGCUGGGUACUACAACCUCUCUGGGAUCACUUCCGCUCAUCACCAUGGGCAGUCCUCCAUGUCGUACGAACGAUAUACCGCGGAGCUAACGAAUUGCAUCAUAGCGUUCCUGAGUCCGAUACUGCCUACAGAGGAGGAGUACAGGAUCAAGGAGGCAACAAGGCGGCAGCUCGAGCGCUUGGCGGCCAAAGUCAGUCCAGGUGCAAAGCUACUCGCCUUUGGUAGUAUGGCGAACGGGUUCGCCCUCCGUAAUUCUGACAUGGAUCUAUGCUGUCUCAUCAAUCGCUCAGGAGAUCAGGAGGUGCAUCCGUCUGCCUCUGAGCUGGUCGAAAUGCUGUCCAAGGUGAUACGAGAAGAGACGGACUUUAACGUUCUCGCCUUGCCCAAAGCUCGUAUACCCAUCAUAAAGAUUUCGAGAGGCUCGACCUCUGAGCUACCAUACGAGAUAUCGUGUGAUAUAGGAUUCGAAAAUCGGCUCGCGCUUGAGAAUACUCGCCUGCUGCUGAGCUAUGCGAUGGUCGAUCCUCCUCGCCUCAGAACCCUCGUACUCUUCCUCAAGGUGUGGACCAAGCGGAGGAAGCUCAAUUCCCCAUACACCGGAACGCUGUCCUCUUACGGGUAUACGCUUCUGGUGCUAUUCUACCUCACUCAUGUCAAGCGACCUGCUGUUUUGCCUAAUCUCCAGCGCAUUCCGCCUACUCGGCCCCUCGCUCCAGAAGAGGUAGAGCUGAACGGUCACAACAUCUACUUCUAUGAUGAUAUGGCCACCUUGAGGAAAGAUUGGCAGUCGCAAAAUACCGAGAAUGUCGCAGAGCUCCUAAUCGACUUCUUCAGGUACUUUGCCAAGGAACAUCCGUAUUCACGUGAGGUGAUCAGUCUCAAGACUGAGACUGGGAUGUUCGGCAAGGAUGCCAUCAUGUGGAAUGCUGAACUUUGCAUUGAGGACCCAUUCCAGCACGGCUACAAUGUCUCGAGGACUGUUACCAAGGACGGUCUCUACACCAUACGGGGCGAGUUCAUACGAGCCACUCGGAUAUUGCAGAACCGCAACCAGAGGGUCUCUGCACAGCUUGCCGAGCUAUGUGAAGAGAGGGAGGACUUUGUCGCACGAGCGCCCGAUACACCUCCGCUUCGUCAUAGGUAUCAGUCUGCGAAUGCGCCUUUCAACCCCCAUCACCAUACGUACGAUUCCCACUCGCAACAACGCAGGGGCAACACUGUCGGAUCCAGUGGCGUGGGCGGCUCCUUUGCCUUUGAGGAGAUGGCACGCGGACUGGGUCGUCAGAGAGGUCAGAUGGCCUAUCCGACUACCGCGAUGCUGGCGCCUCUUUCUCAGAGCGGCGGUCUGAGCCCUCUGCCGCAUACAUCAGGACUCAGGGUGAUGCGAGACGCAUCGACUCCGGCCUCCAGGUCUACUCCUCGUGCUGGUGCGAGUGUACCUCCAUCCACUCGAAGCGACGAUGGCAACGCCAGCGGCCCACCCUAUGAGGAGGGAUCUCGAGUGGCUCACGCCUCUGCUCGAACUUCGCCUACUUUUGCUUCGGCUGUCCCAGCUGGCGGACAAGGCAACAACGCUCUUGGAGAAGCUUGGGCUUUCGGCUCAGAGAUUGUCUUUGGGAGCGAGAAGUUCCGUUUGCAUCCUCAUCCUCGUCUGGCAAGCGUGGCUGGUGGUAGUACAGCUGCUCAAAACGGAUCAGCGAGGAGCGACACCUCAGCAAACCCUCAGUCGGCGACAAUGACUGCAACAGGGUCCUCGUCAUCGCAGCCGCCGUAUCAUGUGGACCUUCCUGCUACAUCACUGGCGGCAGCAGCAGCUGCUACCGUUGGAAACCGCGCCACCAGGUCUUUCUCGGACGGACAAAAUCGAUCCCAGUCACUCGGUCGACCGUACCGAGCCAAAGGCUCUACCCUGGGCGACAUCGACGGGACUCUUGCCAGCCUGCACCUCGCAGUAGACGAAGGAACCCCUAUGGGCGACUCGGGCGAGAGCAGCGGUCGAAUGUCUCCUACGGCCAGCUCUGAUGCUCCCAGCCACCUCGAAGCAGACGGAGGGGAGUCCUUUGCCCCCAUGCAGGAGUAUACGGCUGCCUGGGCCGAGAAGCAGCUAAGACAGCAACAUGCAUCAGCAGGGGAGCUGGACAAACAGGACUCCGUCUCUGCCUUGGGCUCGCUUUCAACGCCUGUGCUGAAUGGAGAGUCGUUUGAAGAGCCGGUGAGCGGUCAGCACACUAGCGCCGAGAUGGUCAUUGGAUCACCCUUGUCGGCCAAAGGCCACGUACAUGGACCCGGACUUGGACAGAGUGCCAGUCCACUGGUCAAUGGUCGCGCAGCAGCUUACGCUGGCGGUAUGAACAACGCUCCUGCGGACGAUGCGGGGAGCGAUCUCAGCGAGGGCGUACUGGAUGAGCUGAGCAGAGUCUCGGAGAUGGACCCGAGGGAGCUGGAGGGCUGAAGGUGCACCUGAUGCGGCAGUGGGUAAUGGCUGAAAGUUGAGAGCAGAAGACCUGAAGCACUCGGAUGCGGUGUGUCGCUUUCUCUGCGUUGUCGUUGCGCCCAUCUCGUCCAUCCAACCAUCAGCAUCCCUUCACAUUUCUUCCAGUCUUACUAUCAUUCUGUCCUCAUUCAUCAAUCAAUCAUCCAUCCAUCCAUCCAUCCAUCCUCAAUGCACAGCCCUCCCCGAUACUCUUCACGCAGUGCAAUCCUCUGAGAUGUGACCUCCUUCUCAGAGCCCAGCGGACGAUCCUAAAUUGGUUGUACGCUGAUAGGUUUUUGAUUGGGUGAAAUAGAAGUACAGUGUUUGCAUCGAGUCGCAGGAUUAGGCAAGUGAGGAAGAGAGGGACAGGGGAGAAAGUUCUCCUACUCUUCCCGGAGGAGCUUCUUCAGCUCGUCU